AUGGAGGUACCACCACAGCAGCAUCAAACCAACAGAGUUGUUAAGGCUUUGCUUAUUCUCCUGAACUGUAGUUUAAUGGCAAUUGGUCAAAUUGGUGGUCCUUUGCUCGUUAGGCUCUACUUUCUUCACGGUGGAAAGAGAAAAUGGCUCACUGCUUGGCUUCUCACUGCUGCUUUCCCAUUGCUCAUCUUCCCAAUUGCCAUUUCUUUCACUCGAACCCGAACCAAAGCUCAAUCCACCAGACUAUUUGUCACACCAAGGCUACUUCUUUCUUGUGCCUUCAUUGGAUUUCUUCUUGGUUUUGACAGUUACCUCUACACCUUUGGCAUGUCUUAUCUUCCUCUUUCAGUUUCUUCUCUUUUGAGUACAUCCCAGCUCGCUUUCACUGCGUUUUUCGCGUUCAUCGUUGUGAAGCACAAGUUCACGCAUUACUCGGUAAAUGCUGUGGUUUUGAUGACCUUUGGGUCGGUUAUGUUGGGGUUACACAUGAAUGGAGAGCUUCCUAGUGGAGAAUCAGAUGGGAAAUAUUCGUUGGGGUUCUUCAUGACGCUUGCUGGUGCUGCUCUACAUGGGUUCUUAAUGCCAGCAGUGGAGUAUACCCACUUGAAGGCUGAAGUUCCUGUCACUUUUGAUUUGGUCAUGCAACUUCAGUUCCUAAUAUCACUCUUUUCCACUCUUUUUUGCACUGUUGGGAUGAUCAUCAACAAGGAUUUUCAGGCUAUACCGCAAGAGGCUGCAGAAUUCGAGCUAGGGGAGACCAAGUACUACAUGAUACUAAUAUUGGCAGCAGUGGCACUGCAAUUCUCGGUUAUCGGAAGUCUCGGGGUGAUCUUCUGCUCAACCUCUCUCUUGGGAGGCAUUGUGUCAUCUCUUUUAGUUCCGGUCCAGCAGGCCGUCGCUGUAAUUGUCUUGCCGGAAAGCUUCAAUGCCGAAAAGGGUAUGUCCUUGGCGAUGUGCCUCUGGGGUUUUGCCUCCUACCUUUAUGGAGAGUACAAGGUAAGUCGNUUGGCGAUGUGCCUCUGGGGUUUUGCCUCCUACCUUUAUGGAGAGUACAAGGUAAGUCGAAAGAAGCAGACAAGGAAACUACAGCCAGUGGAAGAAGUAUGA